AUGGCGAACAUCAACGUCGGAGACACUGUCAUGGUGCCCGGAGACAUGUACGGCACGGUCAAGUUCAUCGGACCGGUGGCCGGCAAGAAAGGGACCUUCGCAGGAGUCCAACUCGCGACAGAAUACGCAGGACGAGGCAAGAACUCAGGCGAAGUAGACGGGAAACACUAUUUCCGAACCACAAUCCCCGGUUCGGGUAUAUUCCUUCCACUUGAAAAAGCCGUCAAGAAACCUGGCAGCGCAGGUGGCGGCGGAGGCGCGGGGUUAGGACUCAGCGGCGUCAGAGCGAGUCCCGGACCUGGGACGCCGACCAACAGACUGGCCAGUUUUAAUCAGGGUGGAAGGACACCCGGCGCAGGCACAACAGGCAUGGCGAAGCCUGGUUUCAGCCAAUCUAUCGGCCCUGGAGCAAUGAGGCCGUCGGGCGCAGCUAGCCCAGGACUCAAGCCGCCACUCAGAAGAGAAUCGCUUCCGCGACCAUCGAGUCCGCUGCGGAAAGUAAAUACACCAACGCCCAGAAGUCUGGCCACGCCAAAGACGAGACCCAGCGGCAUUGGGCUGGCCAAAAGCACAAACGGAGGCGCAGUUGGCGGACCCUACGCCCGACCAGGUCAACGGAACAACUUCAGCCAGAGUCUGCGGCAAGGCAGCUCAGCACCAGCAGCUAGUCCCUCCCUGGGCCCGGAAUCGAGCUUUGACGAAAUCCCAGAACAUGAAGCCGAAUUCACGCCUACUCCGACGCCCAAUUUCAGCAGAAAACCGGGAGCCGAAGCCGACACCGAAAAGUACGAAGCCAAGAUACGCGAACUGAAUGAAGAACUCGCCGAAGCCAGACGGCAAUUACGUGACCAGAGCACCAACUUUGUCGAGAUGGAGCGUAAUUUCAAUGAGAUACAGAAACUGAUGCCCAGUCUGGAAGAAGGUAAACAGACCCGCCAGGGUGAGGAGGACGAGGAGGACUUGCCGCGCGAUAUCGUCUCCCUCCGAGACGCGUUGCGGGAGAAGAAUGACAAGAUCAAACUGCUGACAGCGGAAUUCGAUGCCAACCGGGCAGAUUUCCGGUCUACAAUCGAUACCCUGGAAAUGGCGAGUACCGAGACUGAACGAGUCUAUGAGAAGAGGGUGGACGAACUCCUCGAGGAAGUCCGCAACCUACAGGAUCGUUCCGAGGACGUGGAGACUGUGGCUCAACAGCUUAAGCAGUUGGAAGAGCUCGUCCAAGAGCUCGAAGAAGGCUUGGAAGACGCGCGGAGAGGAGAAGCAGAAGCCAGGGGGGAGGUAGAAUUCUUGCGCGGCGAGGUCGAGCGCUCACGAAGCGAACUGCGUCGAGAACGUGAAAGGAUGAAAACCGAAGAACAGCUCAAUGGCGGUGGCGGGUACUCGUCUUCCUCGGAUGUUCAAGCCCUGGAAGCGCAAAUCAUGGCCAAAGACGACGAGAUCCGCGGCCUGAAAGUCAUCAUCCAGAACCUCAACGCCGCCAGCCCCAAGCGACCGAAUGGCGCCAGUUCGGGAAUUGGCAACGGACAUCAACGCAACGACAGCACGGCUGCAGAGGACGCGUUGCAAAAACAAAUCCGCGAUCUGGAACAGCUCCUGCAGCAGAAAUCGGCGCAUGAAGAGGAACUUGUGCAGGAAGUGAAGCAGUUGAGGAACAGCGUGACGCUGAGCAAGUUCCCCAUGCCCGUGGGCGGAGCGGCGUUUGGAUUGCAUACCGCUAUGCGCAGUCCUCACUCGAGAGGAAACAGUGAAGAAUUGGACCGAAAGCAUCUCAGCACGGGCACGGUGGGGAGUCAGCGGACUGUCGUGCUUGGCGCGAAGAACAACGGUGGGACCGGCCACGAGAGAAACGAUAGCCAAACAAUGGGGCCGGAGAGUUGGCAUGAUGCUCCGUCUCGAGGUGCUUCUCCUACACAGCAUAACCACGGAGAACGUGAGCGGUCGGAUGACGGGGUCACAGACGUGAGCACAUCCGAAAGUGCAGUGCUAUGGUGUGAAAUCUGCGAGGAAGGAGGGCACGACAUCCUCACGUGUUCGAAUAUGUUUGGUCCCGGCAAGAAAGCCUCGACCAGCAAAAACUCUUCGCCUCGGAAAGCCGGCAAGGAGGCGCCAAGCGGGCAGUUUGAGGAGGAGCCUUCGUCCGGCGGCGACCUGGACAGACCUGCUCCGUUGAUGAGUCGGAAAUUCACGAACAACACCAUCGCCUCCCACAUCAACUCGGCAUCAAAUCCUCCUCCGGAGGAAGAUUUACCUGCACCGCCUCAUCAAGCCGAUGACACCGGGCGCCCAGAGUCACCGCCUCCCGUCGACGAGCCGGUUGCCUCUGCUGCACCUCCUCCUGGGACUUCGAAGCUGGUCGAAGGAACAGGCGCACAAGCGGGCAUGUUAGCCGGCCGGACGACCGGCGUCAUAGACCCGGAGAAAUGGUGCGCACUCUGUGAAAAGGACGGGCAUGACAGUGUGGAUUGCCCGGUUGAGGAGGCGUUUUAG